AUGUCACACAUUGAAUCAACAAUCAACAACAUCAUCAAUGAGAUCAAUCACAUCAAUCUAAUAAUCAACAACAAACAAAGUGAUAUUAAUGCCAAAGUUAACAACAAUGAGGAAAAGGCGUUUGAUGACGUCUCAGAGGUUGUUGGAUCAAUCACGUCAUGCUCUUCAAUCGAUGAAUUCAUCAAUGUCAACAAGGACACGCUGUUCGCGCAAGAUGUUGAUAACGACCAUCCAGUCAUCGUCAAUGAUGACCAGUUGAUGUCAAUGAUCGUUGGACACAUUCAACAUACUCAUCAAGUGCCAUACGACAAGACUGCAACAAUGCAAUUAAAUCCAUGUUGUAUCAACAUUGAUGUCAACAGACUGAACUCCAUCAGGAAGAUGAUUGAGACAAGCUUCAAGCUCAUUCAAACCGGACAACAAUGUGCCCGCAAUUAUGAUGGCCGCAUCGUAUCGUUGAGCAAUGAACAGAUCCUUUUCUUCAUGCCAGAGACAUCAAAGUGGACGUCGAUCAAGGGUGGAGCACUAAAGAGUAAAUUCGCUGGGCUCUCAACAUCGGUCGCCUACGCUCGUGGUUGUCUCUAUGUGUUUGGCGAAGUGGAAUAUGGUUCAGCGAUAUGCUCUCGAUACUCACUGGCUGACCGGCAAUGCUACGACUCAAACUUUGAUAACACCAUUGACAGCGGCAACUGCAUAUCAGUCUGCUACGAUGGCAACAAGUACAUCUACCUUGUGGGAGGACACUACGAAGGCGGACAGUUGCCAAGAGUCGAUCGCUACGACAUUGAGACGCAUCAGUACACCAGGAUUGGCGAGCUGCCCUUUGGAGUAUGCUACUCCACGGUCCACUACAACAGGAACAAUGACACAAUCAUUGUUGUUGGCGGAGAGAAGGAUGGUAAUGACCAUGAUGGCGCGCUCAUAUUCAACGUUCAGACAUUGGCCACCGAGGUUGUCAACCUCAAACACUUUAUCAGACCCGACAUGUCUGGAUAUAGUUGUUUCGAUGAGAAGGAUGGACUGUACAUUCUCACCAAUAAUCAAUUCAAUCGAUAUAAUUUAACGACCAAACGUACUGAUCAUUUGGCCAUGUGUCCUGUAAAGCCAGACAAUACUCCAAUCAUCUAUGAUCGAUCCAGUACACUAUAUAUCUAUCUCAUUGCUGGCAAAGGUCAAAACUAUCUCUACUCAAUACUAGAUGAUAAAUGGACAUUAAUCAAUGACAAUGACCCAAUCAAUUCACAUUCAUCAUUCAGUACAUUUUUGAUUUAUGAUUGA